CAUCUCUACCUGUAGAGGGCAAUCGUCAACCGGCGCUCCGGCCAAUCAGAUCACAGGACGGUGAACGUCAACGGUGUGAAAGACGAACAGGGGAAGCGGCGGCUAUCUGAUGUUUUAGCUUUUACGACUCAGCUUUCAUAGACCGAAUUGAAUCAGACUAACAUGGCAUCUGUUUACUGAACUGCUCCAAUCUUCAGACACUGCAAACACCAAACAUUGGUGUGUAACAUCCCAACGAAUGAGAGUGAUCCACAUUCAUUAUGGAAACAGAAUCAGAUGUUAUUCCCAUCUGGCAGAAUAAACCACAUGGGUCAACCCGCAGCGUUGUGAGAAGAAUAGGUUCCACUCUUCCACUCAAACCUCCGCAACGGGCAUGCUUUCAGGAACUACCUGGUUUGCCCUCUCUUCGCCCCUUGGACGGCCCUGCUGUCCCUACUUUGGCAGACAUUGCCUGGAUUGUUGCAGAUGAAGAGGAAACAUAUGCCAGAGUUAGGAGUGAUGCACGCCCUCUGAAACACGAAUGGCGGCCUACGCCGCUCCUAGUGCUCCACAGGAAUUCCUCUGUGCCCAACUUUCGCCGUGAAGGCAAACGGAUGGAAGGGUUAAGGAAGCCCGGGGUAACUGCCUUGAACCGAACCACCGCCCUGCAGGAAGAGCUCAGCAAACUCCGAGCUCAGAUCGCUAAGAUUGUUACAAACGAUACAGGUUCUAACCCCCUGACCCCUGACCUGCUCUCCCCGGACGACACAACCAUGAGUUUUUCCAUGGCUCCUUUUGAGGCUGCAUCCUUUCAGCAAGCCACCAUGGCUCCUGCUUCCUUCGUCAUCAGCGAUGUCACCGAGGAGGAGGAAGAGGAAGAAGAAGAAGAAAUAGAAGUGGAGGAGGAUGAGAAAGAUGUCGUUUCUAUUGUGUCAGAUCUGGUCCCUGAUCCUCUCCCGCCUGUUUCCAUGACAGCGUCAGCCACCUUUGAUCUGGACAGACCCAGCAUGGACUUUCGGGAGGCAGAGGAGGACACAGUGUCUCUGUCAAAGUCCACCAGCUUUGCUGAUGUUAUGGACAUCUUGAAGGACAUGAACAAAAUGAAGAUGAGCAAAGACAGGUAUAACAGAGGCUGCAUGUCGCUCAGAGAGGAGGAUUCAGCUACACUCAUAUCAGAAGCUCUGAGGAAAAAGUUUGUCCUGCAGAAAGAAGACACAGCUGCUGUGAGAAGGAAGUAGCUUGGUGAUGGAUUCAUUAUCAUCCUGCUGCUUAAUGCCUUUGCCUGAGGGAGAUGUACCCAUGGAUCUUCAACGAUGCUCCAGGCUACCAGUUAGAACAAAAACCACUUUGUCCCAGACAUCUAAGAUCAAACGCCACGGUGGCGGCGGUGUGGUCUGAGGCUGAACAGCCCUGUUUCAGCAUGAUGAUGUCUUUUCAGGACUCUGCAGACCUUUUGUUCCAGUUGCACCCAGUUUCUUCUAAGUCCUGUUUUAUCAGAAGGAGCAGCAGAGCCUGACAGCCAAGUCUUGUGUUGUUCAAAUUCGUACUUUCAAGAAUCAAUUUAAUGGUGAGAAUCCUAUUUUAGGUUUUGUUUUGAAUGUCUUCUCCACAGACAGAUGCAAAUAAACCUUUUCUUCUGUCUUUCACCUAAAGAAAUCUAACAUUUGAACAUAUUUUAUGUACAGAUCAAACAAGCAGAAACGUACUGUAGCUUUUUACAGUGUGUAUGGGAGGAACAAACCUUACGACUCUAGAAUUUUCUGUACUGGGUUUGCACGGUUCACGCCUCUCUGCCUCUUUUUUUAACGUAGAUUUGCCAGUGAACAAAAAGAAACACAUUUUAAACCCAAACUGAAAGCAACGUGUGUUUAUUAGUAAUACAGUUUAUAACAGGUAGUUGUGUGUUGUAUAGGUGAAAAUGCCCAUCAUUGUUCUCAUCUUUAAACCCAAAUUCCCUAGUUUUAACCAUACAAUGAACAAAAGCCACGUUUAGUUCAGCAUCACGAUGACUGUUAUUGUCGUUACCUUCCUACAAAUUUGUUUAAAAGCCCAGUUUGACGACUCCUCAUGCCAAAGUUUUUUUUUUUAUGUGAUUGCUCCUCGCUGCUUGUCCAGAAAGUGACCUCUACACUGUAAGAAAUGAACAGUUGAAUCUACUUGGCCGAGUUGUGUCAACUGGUUCCACUGAACCUAACUGCUUAAAUGUAAAACAUAAUAUACAUUGUUAUUAAGUUAAAAGUAAAUAUACAUUACUCUUUAUUUUUAAGCAGUUGGAAUCAGUUGACAUAACUUGGUUAAGUAAAUGAAACAUCUCAUUUUUUACAGUGUAAUAUAACAUUUACAGUCCUUAGCAACUAUAUGUAGGAAGUUUCUGAAAGUUUUUCACAAGUUCUCAAAGUUAUUUUCACUCGUUUCUCCAGCUCUUAUCUGUCAUAUUUAAGGCAAAUGCCUACUUUUUUUGUUAUAAUUUUUUUUAGCCUUGCUGCAAUUUGCCCACAUCCUGUAAUUUUCACAAAUUCUCAUUGGACAGAAGGAGGAAUUGAAAAUAGCUGAAAUAAAGGUACACUUCUCUAUAAAAAGGGAACUUUCUGCUGUAGUUUGAGUGACGCAUGUACACCUAAGCCUGUCAUCACCGUGUGUGUUUUUAAUUUGUUUUCUCAUGCAACUACCCUGUAAAUAAAGGUUGUGCAAAUGUUUUGAA